ACUGCUCUUUGAAGUCAGACUUCAGGAAAGUAUAACCCUCAGGUUCCUUCACUUUGUGUAGCCUUCAGAAUGGACUGUUGUCUGUCUCAAGAAUUACUGGAGCUUGAGAAGAGCUGCAAUCUUGCUGUGGUAAAGGAAGAAGAAGAAAAAAGUUGGAACCUAUUUUACAUAAAUCAGAGAUUGUGAGGCUGGAUUAAUUUUGUCUUCCCAUGACAAGAUUCACUGCCCCUUGCAGUAGACAGGGUGGCAUCCAAUGAAUCCACUAGGAGGAAAAUUGUCAUUAAAUGGAAGAAGUGGUGCAAUAUUUCACCACAGGGUGUUGUGGAUGUGGAAAACACUCAUGUGGAUGCUGAUGGCUCAAUGGAAGAUUUUUCCUGAAAGGAUUUUUGCCUGAACUUUGGUCCUUCUGAGUGCAUAUCUGGCCAUGCUCAGUGAGGAGGAUAAAUAUGGCCUUUACUCCAGUUUGUUGUUCAAGUAUUUUCUCGCAGAGGGAAUUGUCUGUGGACAUGACCUGUUUGUUGCUUCUGCCAAAGAGCAUCCUGACAACAUUUUGAAGGAACUUCCAGCCCCUUUGCUUGAUGAUUCCUACAGGAAGGAAUUGGGAGACGAAGCAGCAACUGUGAAGUCUGAGGAUUUUCAGGAUUCUAUGAAAAUAGCCUGGCGCUACCAAAAUUUGCCCAAAAUGGAGACCAGCCCAACAACAUAUACAAAGUUUGGCCAUUAUUAUGACGUUUCUAAAAAAAUGUCUCCAGAACUGUGUCAGUCUGUGAAACUGCACAGUUUUUACCUCCAUGAAGAAUUGCCUUUUGAGCCUAAAAUGAAAACAUGGAAUAUGAACAGUGCUUAUGCAAGGCUGCUUCAGUCCAUUCAGAGGAUCAUUUCCCAGGAGGGCUUUGAUGGCUCUGAUCCCCAGAAAAAACAAAGGAAUGUUUUGAGGAUAGGCAUUCAGAGCCUGGGUUCCAUCUUGUGGGGUGAUGAUGUUUGUUGCAGUGAUGCUCCCGAGGAUCCUCAGAGCCUGACCAAAUUCCUGUAUGUCCUGCGUGGCCUGCUCAGGAAAUCCCUGUCUGCCUGCAUCAUCACAGUGCCUGCUCACCUCAUCCAGAAUAAAGCAAUUAUGGAACGUGUAACAAACUUGUCAGAUAUGGUGGUUGGUCUUGAAUCAUUUAUUGGCUCUGAGAGAGAAACCAAUCCAUUGUACAAGGAUUACCACGGUUUGGUUCAUGUACAUCAGAUUCCUCGGCUCAAUAGCUUGAUCUGUGAUGUGUCAGACACCAAGGACCUUGCUUUUAGAUUAAAAAGGAAGCAGUUCACCAUCGAGCGGCUGCAUUUGCCUCCAGACUUGUCAGACACAGUGAGCCGCGCGAGCAAACAGGAUCUGGCAGGAUCCGCCAAACUGCUGAGCUCAGGAUGUGGCGCCAUGGCCAUCGGCAAGAAGCACCUGGACUUCUAGUGAUUUCUGCUUAGCAGCCUCACUCACAUUCAGCUGACACCCUCAUUAGGAGUGUUAAUGACUUAUAUCAAUAUUUUUCUUAAUGAUUUGACCCAGCAGUCUUUAAAAAUACGUGUUGUCAUAUGAUGCCUGCCUUUUUUUCUUUUUUUUCCUUUUUUUUUUUUUUUUUUGCAUGUGUGUGUGUGUUCUCUUUCUUUGUACUAAAUUUGGUCUCAUUUGGGUUUUGCUUUUCGUUAAAGCUUCUGUUCUGUUGGGUCCUGCCAUUGUUCUGCUCCAUUGGAAACAGGUAGUAUUUUGUUCCUUUACUUAAAAUACAAAAAUUGCGAUUACCCUUUCUUUUUUUUUUUUAUACAUCAAAAAUAAAGGGAUGUUUUUCCCAAAAGAAUUUUUUAUAUUCUUACAUAUAAUAUUUUGUAUGAAUAAUGGGUUUAUUGAAAUAAAGGAAUGGAACUUAUUGAAAUAAAGGAAUGGAACUAA